AAAAAACUGAGCCUGCAAAACACAGGAGAGUCCUGAAUUAUCUUUUCCGAAAGACUUUUGUGCAUCUUUUGUGUACUCUCUCAUGUAUUCAAGGUGCAAGGAAACUAUUUUAAUACCUUUUACUUUUUUAUCUAAAUGCUAUGAAUGUGUUUCAAAACUAAGUUAAACCAACAUGGACACAAAUAUUACAUUUCAAGGAACUUGACAAAUGUUUUAAACUAAAUUUAUUAAAAGAUUUAUCAUUUUUAUAAUCUCGGACAACCUUAUUUGUCAGUGACCCUAGUAAAGGUGGUCUGGAUUAGAACUCCGGGCCGCUACAGGAAAACUCUUACCACUAGACUAACAGGUGUUACCAAUACAUAAUGGUAUUUUGAUCUCUCUCUCUCUCUCUCUCUCUCUCUUUCUCUGCAGUUUAAAGGCUGAAAGCAGUGCUGUGUAUCUCCAUGAGUAACUCAACAAACCUCCCUGUCUCCCCUUCAUGCCUCUGUCCCGUCUUUGACAAUCACUCUUCACCCUCUCUCUCCCCGCCUGACCGUCACACCUCAUCAAUCCUCCGUUAAACGAUGUCAUCUGCAGUCCGCGCUCUACUCCUGGUGCUGCUCGGUGCCGGGGUCCUGCUCUCCAGCGGAGACUCUCCCCGUAGAGAAAUUAAGAUCGAUGGAGAUCUGGUGCUGGGAGGCCUGUUCCCCAUCCACGAGAAAGGACUGGGAAUGGACGAGUGUGGUCGCAUCAAUGAAGGCCGCGGUAUCCAGCGUCUCGAGGCGAUGCUCUUCGCCAUAGAUCAGAUCAACCAGGACGUAGGUCUGCUACCAGGCGUGGUGUUGGGCGUCCACAUCCUGGACACAUGCUCUAAAGAUACAUACGCUCUGGAACAGGCGCUGGAGUUCGUCAGAGCGUCUCUUACGAAAGUGGACGAUACAGAGUUUAUCUGUCCUGAUGGUUCCUAUGCUCUACAAGAAGACAGUCCGCUUGCGAUAGCUUGUGUUAUCGGAGGAUCGUUUAGCAGUGUCUCCAUACAGGUCGCCAACCUGCUGCGGCUAUUCCAGAUUCCUCAGAUCAGCUACGCCAGUACCAGCGCCAAACUCAGUGACAAAUCCCGCUACGACUACUUCGCACGCACCGUUCCGCCAGACUUCUACCAGGCCAAGGCCAUGGCCGAGAUUCUGCGUGCCUUCAACUGGACCUACGUCUCAACUGUUGCCUCAGAAGGCGACUAUGGAGAAACUGGCAUCGAAGCUUUCGAGCAACAAGCACGUUUGAGGAACAUCUGCAUCGCGACCUCUGAAAAAGUGGGACGAUCGAGCGCAAAACGCUCUUCGUACGAGGCGGUAGUCCGGCAGCUCCUUCAAAAGCCCACAGCUCGCGUGGCAGUGCUAUUUCUACGAAGCGACGAUGCGCGAGAGCUCAUAGCGGCUGCCGCGCGCCUCAACGCGUCUUUCCUUUGGGUAGCUAGCGAUGGCUGGGGAGCACAAGAAAGCAUUGUUAAAGGGAACGAGUUCACGGCGGACGGGGCUAUUACGCUAGAGCUAGCCGCUCACCCUAUACCCGUAUUCAACCGCUACUUCCAGAGCCUCACUCCGCUCAACAACCACCGCAACCCCUGGUUCAAAGACUUUUGGGAACAAAAGUUUCAGUGCUCGCUGGGCGGGGCUUCAUCGGCAGGGGCGGGGACGCCAAAACCGCCUUGUGACCCAGAAUUGGCGGUAGACGAGUCAAACUUCGAGCCGGAAUCGAAGAUCAUGUUUGUCAUAAACGCAGUGUAUGCCAUAGCGCAUGCCUUGCAUCGUAUGCAACGAACUCUGUGUGCGAACACCACGCAAUUGUGUGAACCCAUGCGCAGUCUUGACGGCAGAAAACUCUACAGGGACUUUCUACUUCAUGUCAACUUCAAAGCUCCAUUCGCCCCUCCUGGCUUGGAGAAUCAAGUGAAGUUUGAUGCAUAUGGCGAUGGAAUGGGGCGCUACAACAUCUUCAACUACCAGCGUGUUCCAGGCAGUGACAAAUACACCUAUAUCCAGGUGGGAGAGUGGGCGGAGAGUCUUUCCCUAAACGAGCCCAUGAUUGGCUGGCCGAAGGGAGGAGCAGUCCCCACAUCUCAGUGCAGCGAUCCAUGCGCUCCCAAUGAGAUGAAGAAGAUGCAAGCGGGCGAGUACUGCUGCUGGAUUUGCACUCCGUGCGAGCCCUACGAAUACCUGCCUGACGAGUUCACCUGCAUGCCCUGUGCACCUGGCCAGUGGCCCCGCCCUGACCUGACGGGGUGCUACGACCUGCCGGAGGACUACAUUAUGUGGGAGGAUGCCUGGGCGAUUGGGCCCAUCUCUAUUGCAUGUGUUGGCUUCAUCUGCACCUUAAUGGUCUUCAUCGUUUUCAUUCGACACAAUGACACGCCACUCGUCAAAGCGUCUGGUCGCGAGCUAUGCUACAUCUUGCUUCUGGGCGUUUUUAUGUCCUACGUUAUGACUUUCAUAUUCAUCGCAAAACCAUCGCCUAUCGUGUGCACGCUACGGCGGCUAGGUCUUGGUACCUCGUUUGCGGUGUGCUACUCCGCCUUGCUCACGAAGACCAAUCGCAUCGCACGCAUCUUCAGCAGCGUGAAAGAGGGCGGGGCUCAGCGGCCACGCUUCAUCAGUCCCAGCUCGCAGGUGUUCAUCUGUUUAUCACUGAUUUCAGUGCAGCUGUUGCUGGUGUCCAUCUGGCUUCUGCUGGAGGUGCCCGGCACACGGCGUUUCACCACGCCGGAGAAACGGCAGACUGUCAUUUUGAAAUGUAACGUACGGGACUCCAGCAUGCUGCUGUCGUUGAUCUACGACAUGGUUUUGGUGGUGCUCUGCACAGUCUACGCCUUUAAGACCCGCAAGUGUCCCGAGAACUUCAACGAGGCCAAGUUCAUCGGCUUCACCAUGUACACCACCUGCAUCAUCUGGCUGGCCUUCCUGCCCAUCUUCUACGUUACCUCCAGUGACUACAGGGUCCAGACGACGACCAUGUGUAUAUCUGUGAGUCUGAGUGGAUUUGUGGUGCUAGGCUGCAUGUUUGCCCCUAAAGUCCACAUCAUCAUGUUCCAGCCACAAAAGAACGUCACCAGUCAUCGGCUGAACCUGAACCGGUUCAGUGUGAGCGGGCCAGCCACUAGCUACGUGUCCCAUGGUGAGAAUCGCUCACAAACACAGGAGAAUGAAAGUCACAUGGGUUUGGAACGACAUGAUGCAUCUGUGAGUGCCCAAUACGUUCCGACAGUGUGCAACGGCCGAGAGAUUGUCGACUCCACUACUUCCUCUCUGUGACCCCGCCCCCUCCUUCAAACUCCUGCUCCUUAGCGACUGUUAGCCAAUCAGCACACAUUGUGCUCCACCCAAGAACUAGGUCUGCCUAAAGUGUGUAGAAAGUGUGUAUUACGAUUAUGAUUAUGAUUAAAUUAUUUUUAGGGCUUGUUGUAAAUAGUAACUGACAUUGUUGUAGAGAAACAAAAUAAGAAAAAAAAAAAAAUCUUUUUAGAGAGAUUUUGGAAAAUUUUGUUUUGAUAGAUUUAUUAUGUAUGUUGUCAACGGCCAUGAUGUGAUGAUAUUAAAAUCAAACCAGUUUUUGAUGACUGACAGAUGGGCUCCGCCUGCAAUACUGGACACAA